GUACUUACCGCAGAUGGCAGUGUUCAGUAUACUAUACUCACUGUUAUAGUAGAAGAAGCAGCAGCUCCACAUCAUCUGCCAGCAGAGCACAAUAUAAACAGGACCAACAUUACAAAAUGGAUUCGAAAUUGAGUGACCCCUUCAGCAGCGAUUCAGAGGAGCUGCCCGCAGCAGGAAUAAUGAGCAGGCUGCUGCCCAAAGGCAUGUCCGGUAGCAUGAUGAAGGAAUGGCUGGACCGCCGGAGAAAGUCCAUCCGCCCCUGGGCCGGCUUCGUGGAUCAGCGCAAGUUCUCCAAGCCCAAGAACUUUGGGGAGCUGUGUCAGCGAGUGGUCAGAAACCUGGGUGUGUACCAGAGUAACUACACCUUCAUCUUCCUGGGGCUCAUCCUCUACUGCAUUAUUAGCUCCCCUAUGCUGCUGAUUGCCUUGGCUGUAUUUGUCGGUGCCUUUUACAUCAUCCACCUGAAGUCCCUGGAAUCUAAGCUGGUAGUUUUUGGUCGUGAGCUGACCCCGGGUCAUCAGCUGGGUCUGGCCGGAGCCGUCUCUCUGCCGGUGUUCUGGCUGGCGGGCGCUGGAGCGGCGGUUUUCUGGGUUCUGGGAGCUACGCUGGCCGUGAUCGGCACCCACGCUGCUUUCCGAGAGCUGGAGUCGUCUGACGUGGAGGAGCUGCUGAUGGAGUCCGUUUAACCCCUCAACUCUCACCUCCACCUUUUUGGCUUUUAACCUCAUAUUUAUCUGAAAGCUCCUGUCUUGCCUGAACGUCGUUACUGCUCUCUGACUGGCUGUGGCUCUCUGCGCUUCUCGUGAACGAAGUAUAAACAUCGCAUCGCUCUCGGACUGGCCGGCCGGUAUGGAUACACACUGCUGCUGCUGCUGAAGCACAGAUGCACUGACACCCGUACACUGACCAUGCAGUUAAUGCAGUUUAUUCACACAUUACAUUCAACAAUGUUGCUUAACAGAUGGAAGAAAAUUUGAAUUUGAAUUUAAAUUUGAAACAGUUUUGAUUGCAGACAGACAAACAUUAACUGAUAAUAGACACAGUAAGGACAGUAGACCACAUAUGCCUUCACUGGUAUUCGUUAAUGCCUGUUACAUACUGAAAAUCUGCAAAAAUUAACAUAAUAAAUAUAUAAAUAUGUACACGGCUUCCAUGUGCUAUAUCUGUAUGUAUUUAGUAUAGUAUAGUAUUUAGCUAUGGAUAUAGGGUUUUAGCUAUGAUUUAAAAAAAUGAAAUCAAAAUUCAAUAUGAUUAUUUUGGUACCAUUGAAAAUUAUUUUUAAAAAUAUGCUGAACGCAUAAAUCUGAUAAACUCAUUACAUCAUAGUGCAAUACAGGUACAAGCUAUUCUGUUAUUAUUAUUAUUAUUAUUAUUAUUUCGUUUUUUUUGUUUGUUUUUUUUUACAUAAAAAAAUAUCCCAGCUUUUUUACCAAAAUUUAAAAAAAAACUUUACUUGCUUUCAAAUUUACUAUAAUUAGGAAUAGGCUAUAAAUAGCAUUUUCAUGUAUGUUUGAGGUUUGAUGCAUUUCUACAGAUUAGACCAGCUCUGUCAGCAGCACCUUUAAAAAUACCAUCAGAAAAACACCUUCUCAUUCAAUGUUUUUCUUUAUUUCAUUCAUUUUCUACAUUGUAGAUUAAUAUUAAAGACUUGAAAACACAUUAAGGAGCACAUAUGGACUUAUGUAGUAAACAGUAAAAUGCCCCAAUCUAAACCUGAUGAACUGAGAUGGUGAUCUGAGGUGAUUUAAUUGGGAUGAGCUGGAGCUUCACAGCGUGAAGAAAAAGCAGCAGCUAUUGUUCAGCACCUCCAGGAAUUCCCUCCUUCAAGACGCUGGGAAAACUGUUCCAGGAGACUCUCCCUCAUGAAGACACUGAGAAUUUUUUUUUACUUUUUGUUUACAGAAUAAUUCAGCAUGUGUUCCUGUAUAUAUUUAAUAUAGUCUUCAAUAUUACAUUUAUAAUGUAAAAAAAAAAUCACAAAAAGAAAGGAAACACAUUGAAUGAGAAGAGGUGUGUGCAAACUUUUGACUGGUACUGUGUUUAACAUUACAUUUUGCACUAUGUUUUUUUUUGCAGUUUAACAGGACUAACAUGCUUGUAUUGUAAUGCAGGAAGUCAGAUGCAGAUGGUCAGUACAGAACUUAACUAAUUAUUAAUUGACACUAGUUAAGACAUUAAUAAAUAUUACUACUUGUUAAUAAUUUUAAUACUUAGGUAUGUUGUAAAUAAUACUGAACUGAAACAAAAAAGUAACAAACUUAAUACAUACAUAAUGAUGCUGAAACGAUAUGGUGCAGCCCUACUAAUAAUUAAAUAUAAUUAUAGGUAUUAUUAAUAAAUGUCAUCACAAAUACGCCCUCCCCCCGAUUACAGCUGAUACCACUUGAUCUACCGCCAAAUCAAUACAUUUACACAUGAGACUGAUAAGAAAAAAGAUAAAGAUGAAAAAGCAGUAAAAGUGAGUGUGUCAAGGUGCAUUAUGGGAGAUGAAGGAUAUCCAGGGUGCCUAUCUUCAUUUUUUUGUUUUUCUGUUUUUUGUAUUUUAUAUAUCCAUAUAUCUUGGUGUUUUUUGUUUAUGCUAAAGUAUCUCCUAUCUCCCUUUAUGUCUUAUGAUGCCAAGAACCUGCUUGAGUGUAUAUUGCCAUCCUGUGUACUCUUCUGUUUAAUUCUGCCAGUUAUUAUGUAUUAUAAAUAGGUAUCAUUUUUGUAUCUUUUAUUAUCUGUUUUUUGACAUCUUUCUUUUAUCUUUAUGUCGAUCAAAAGGAAAGUGCAAUAAAGUCUUCUGUCUGUAUAAUA